AUGGUUGUCGUUUCGGUUUACAGGAGUAACAUCUCGUUGUCCCGCCACAGCCUGUGCGGAAGCGUGGACGACGGUCUGCAGGGCUCGCAUCCCCAGUACCAGGAUACGAUCCUGACGAUCGAGGAGCUGCGCGCUCAGCUGAACUCCUGCUUUACGUGCGGGGUAUCGUGGAGCGAGGAGCACGUCUCCCUGGACUGCAGCGAGUGCGGCGGCUACUCCCUGCAACGGCCGUGCCCGCUCUGUGAUGGGCGGUGCCACACGGCGUGGAAGCGCGACCUCACCAUGUCCCACGCGAGUGGUAAGGCGAGAUGGAUCGGUGAGUGUGGGCUGAGCUGCGGACCGUCCCUUGAGGAAUCGCUGGUGCCCGCGUUGGAGAAGCUGCGGGCCACCUCGUGAACGGCGCUGGCCCGAGCACCGCCAACCAAGCACAAGACUUAAAUCCAUCACCAUCCAUCUAGCGUCACCCACUACCAUCGUGUGCGAGACCCAAGAGCGAAAGAAGUGAGAGAGAAAGAGAAACGUGUGAAUGCAGACCGUGAAUGAUAUGCAUUAUGUUCCUGAGAAGGGCGGCUAACAAGGGAAAGAAGGACCUUUCGGGCCCUUCCUCGUGGGCUUCUUCCCCGAAGAUACAAAGGCGUACCCAGCUGGUCCCUCGACAUCGGGAACCACCGUCGUCGUUUAUUCUCGUCUUUCAGGACGAAAGUACAAAGUUAAGCGAUCGACGUUCGAAUUCUACAAAGAAUUUCUACGUUAUACAGAACGAUUAACUACGUUGUAGCGAACUGCUCGAACCGAGAACGGAUUCCAAUUUACUUUCAGGAUUUUACACCUGUGCCGCGAAGUUCAUUUCGAUUUCUUCUCCAGCGAGAUUUCUGCUCAGAAGAUUGCACUAACAAUUUCUAUUAGGAAAUAGAAUUUGAUCUUUUUGUUGGGCGAUUUCCGCUGAUAUGAAAUUACAUUUUUGCUACGAAAAAAAACUUCUUUACAAAGUUGAGAAAUAGAUAAUUUGCCAAAGAGGAAUCUUUCUGUUCGAGAAUAUGUCGACGUAUCCAUGAAACAGAUUUGAUUGUUUUUUUAAUAUUUUUGGAUUGCAGAUUGUCUUAAGUUUAGAGCAGAAAUAUGUAUAUAAUAUAAGCGUAAAAAAAAUGAAUCGGAAUAUUCGGAAUAUAUUUUGGAAAUUUUUCUUUCUCAAUUUAUUCAGUUUGAAUCACUUAAAAUCUUUUUCCAAUUUGUGUAUAUAAAAUACAAAAUGUGAAACCACGCGAUGAAAAAUAAGAGAGUGUAAUCUCAGUUUAUGUGAGACGGAGCAUUUUGUCUUUAGACUUGAUUAGUAUUAUACGAAUAAUAUUUUAGAAUUACAACAGCCAAUGUCUUUGUGUAAAAUAACUUUGGUAGUCGUGAUUCCGAAAUGUUUUUAUACCAUUCGGUUUGGCCGUUGUGAUAAUUAUUUAUCUUGAAUUAUUUGCCACUUGCACACUUAGCAGAAUUGAAUUUUUCGAUGUAACUUCCGUUUUAUGCACCUGAAUCGGUUAGUUUAGAAAACGGCGUAAAUCCAUACUUUUCCCAAAUUAAAACGGUCAAAAGAGUUUUUACGAAAAUAUUUAUUCUAAAGAUUUUUAUAUUGUACGUGUAAAUAAUAUACUAACGUCCUUAUCUCAUUAUUAGUUGUCAUUUGGAGGCGAUUUUUAUACAUAUUUCAUAAAUAAAAUCCAUUUUAAAACAAUUUUAAUUUCUAGACUCAAAGCACUUAAAAAAACAACCGAUUCACUUGCGAAAAAUUCGAUUUCUUACCGCGGAUUGAUUAUUACGAAUGUUUUCCAAUUUUUUUGUAUCAACCAAAAUUGCCAUAACAUUUUUCCGAAGCGCGAGAUUCGCAUGAGCUAAUAACGUCGCACUUCGGAAAACAUACACGGUAUAGUUCAAAUAUUCGGUCGUUCCUACAACGAUGCGCGAGAAGCCCGACCUUCACUUUACUUUUUUACGUAACGGAAGUUACACCUCGGCCUCUCUGUCGCGCGAAGGAGCGCGAGUUUGCAUUACGAGAAUCAUAGGAUAAUUAUUAGGCGACAAUUUAAUCGAUCGAGCGAUCUGACGGCGAGAAGCCCGUCCGGGGCCUUUCGCACUGGAGCACGACGUAUCGAUUUCGUAGGUGAUGUUAAUCAUUCGGUAUCCCUCGCUUUUAAUUGUCACAACUGUAUCAUCGGCGAAAUAAUUCCGAGCUUGCGACUGUAUACGAUAAAAAUUUAGUCAAAGUUUUGCCUCUCUAGCGAGGAUUUAGUGUUUAACGUGACGUGAUUCAAUCGUCAUAGCCCUAAGGAUCGAUAGGCAAUCGGUGUGUUACGAAUUCGAGAGAAGUUAUUUCCACAAAUAGCAAUUAGAAAGUUUAUCGUUCGAUGCGUUAUUGUACAUCUAACAUCAAAAUUGGUACGGCGAGAAGAGAAAUGAAAAAGGUACUUAAAUAUAUGGUUGGUACCGUUUUGCAUUGUAAUGGAAAAAUUAUACGAAUCUCCCCUGCGUCUAUGAAAGUUUAAAAAGAGCCGGUUGUGUAUAGCGUUUCUCGACAAAGAUACGUCUUGCUCGCUUUAAAUCGUCCGCUUUCCUGUCGAGCUUUUUUGCCAAACGGUCGGAGGCGUAGCUCGACCCUCAAGUGCGUGAGAACGUCUCGUUGAGCGCGGUUCCACAAUUGUAUCGGCACAAAGAAAAUUGCGAGUGCCAAAAGCAGGGAUCUCAUUCUUAAAAAAACAAAUAUCUAAACGAUCAAAAUCAAAAUUAUACAAUUAUUUAUAAUCUUUAUCUUUAAUGCGAAUAA